AUGCAGGCGGAAAUGUUGGCCAGCGACGAGAGUCCAGCCCGGAAGAUACGUAAAGUCACCCGCGCUUGUGAUGCAUGUAAGAGAAAGAAGAAAGCCUGCACUGGGUAUCUUCCCUGUAGACCUUGCCUGAGGCGCAAGGAGGUUUGUACAUACAAUGCCACCUAUAACCGCGGUGUCGCGGUGAGCCCACCCCCGUCCUCGCAUACGACACAUCACGCAACCCUGCCAGGAGCAGCAGAGAGCUAUCCACAAGACAGCCAUCUGUCGUUGUCCUCCCCAGCCUCCUACACCUCGCCGGAUAAGAUACUGUCCGCCCCCUACCACGAUGCUCCCCCUACCGUGAUCUCUCCGCCGUCCGUCACAGACACAAGGCAUCACCAUGAGCCCGAGAUCCAACGGGCGCAAGUUGCGGAUCGGUACUGGGGACCUACCUCUGCUCAUUCCUUCUUAGAUCGAGCGGCGUUGGGAUUGCCAACGCCUCCAUCAAAUGCGAUCGGGGCUUCGCAUGAUCCCAGUCAUGGCCCGAGCACGUCCAUAUUUCAAUUUGGCGAUCGUGUGGUUCCAGAAUCACGCGUGACGGAGUUCCAAUGGCCAGAUUUAGAGACAGCGGAAGCCUUAGUCCAUCGAUACUUCGAGUUUGCAUCACCGACGCACCGGGUGCUUCACCAGCAGACGGUUGAGAAGACGGUCCAGCGCCUCUACCAGGGCGGACAGCCGGGCGAGGAGCGGGUCAGUGGAGUGACGAGUGUCUGUCAAGCCAUUCUCCUGAUGGUGUUCAGCACCGCCACCAUGUUUAAGAUGGAUAUCAAAGGCGCGAUGACAGAUGCAGAUGCAGACGGCUGGCGGACCAGUGAGCUGUAUUUCACCAAGGCGGAUUGUCUGCUGUCACAGGAAAGCGGUGCACCUAGACUAGAGUCGGUGCAGGCCAGAUUCCUAAUGGUUCUGUACCUGCUAAGCUCAUCACGGGCUCAUCGGGCGUGGUUCACCUUAGGAACCACCAUUCAAUUGAUCAUGGCACUCGGUCUCCACAGCAGACGACGGAAUCGGGACACGGCCGAAAUUAGUCUGAUACAGCAGGAAUGCCAACGCCGAGUCGUCUGGUGUUCGUAUACGUUGGACAAGUAUCUGAGCCUGAUGCUGGGUACGCCCCGCCUCUGGCAUGAUGAGGACCUGGAUGAGAGACUGCCUGCCCGUGUGAACGACGAAGAUAUCUCCCCCGAUCGGAUCUCGCCGCCAACCCGAGACUGUGUAAUGGAUGCGGCUAUAUUCCAUGCCCUGCUCGCCCGCGUACUAUCUCAAGCCGCCAAGGAGCCCUACGUGGUAGCUGGCAUUACCGACCGAGAGGAGAUCAACAUCAUCCGCGGUUUGUGCGAGCGAGUGGCGGAAUGGCAUGCAGAGUUGCCGCCGUGCCUAUCGGGAGUCAUCCAUUCCAGUAGCCUGAUUCCCCUGUUCAAGCGACAACUGACGGUGCUGCAAUUGGCGCGAUACCAUGCGCUGAUGUUCAUUACUCGGCCGCUACUGUUGCGUAACUAUGGCCAGAUUUGGACGGAUCGGGAGGCCAGCUACGUUCAAUAUCUUCGUGUAUGUCUCAUGGCGGCGAAGGACACCGUCGAGCUGAUCACCACCUUUGCCAGAGACAACCAGCUUUUUCCGGCGUUUUGGUACUCGCAGUAUAUCGCCUUCAACGCCCUGUCUAUCAUCUACAUCUACUUGAUCCAAGUACAGUGUAACCGAAUUCUACCGCUGAGCCAGACAUAUGUCGCAACCGAGGGUGGCCUGAACAAUGGACUUGGUUUUGAUGAGUCCACGCUCUACAUCCUGGCAGAGACUGCACAAUAUCAUCUCACACAUGCCACGGCGAGGAAUGCACCAUCUUGGAAAUAUGGAACCAUUCUACAGAGUCUACGGCGAGAGCUCGAGCGGUUAGGGGCACCGUGCGACUAUGCGGCAUUGAAUGCGCCCCCAGAACAACACGGCGGGCCUGGGAUAGAGAACAGGAACCUGGAUAAUACAGAGUUAGGAGGCAACAUUUCUCAUGCUCAUCCUGAGCCUCGCUACCAUGAACCCUUUCCUGUUGACGCGCAGGCUCUCCCGCUAUUCGAUACUUUCACUUUGGACAAUGACUUGAUCCUUGAUUUGUGGUCGCAGUUGGAUAGUUUACCAAUCAGUGCGUAUCUUUCUUGCCAGUCUUCCGUAUUGAUCAAGCUAACAGUCGCCGAUAUAGCCUUGCCAGGAUGA